UACCACAAGCUCGGAGGAGUGAAAGUCUAAAAGGUUCACCUCCGUGCAUGUCUCAGAGGUUAAACUUGGUGCUGUGUGGGAAUGAUGGAGAACAGAAAGCCUCUAUAUUAGAUCUCAUACUGGGCAGAAUCCAGCACAGUCCAGAGCCCAUCUUAACGUGUGUAGUGAGAGCUGGGUUAGUGUCUGGACGCUCAGUUACCCUGGUGAAGAUGCCAGCUCUCUGCAACACUUUGCUGAUGGAGGAAGAUGUGAAGUAUGAAGCGUUCCGCUGUGUCUCUCUCUGUGAUCCUGGAGUACACGCUUUCCUCUUCAUCGUUCCUGUCGGUCCCCUCAUUGAUGAAGACAAGGGAGAAAUGAAGAUGAUCCAGAAAAUGUUUAGCUCCAGAGUGAAAGAUAAUCUAAUAGUUAUAUUCACAACACCGAAUAUUCAACAGCCUGUGACGGAGUUUGUUGAAGGUGACCCAGAAAUAAGGAAGUUUCUUGCUAUGUGUGAUGAUAGACACGUAAUCUUGGAAACAGGGAUGGGGAAAUCCUCCAAACAAGCAGGUGAAAAGCUGGUGGAUGAAAUUCUAAAAAGGAUCAAAGCACCUCCCUAUUCCCUUCACAUGUUUAUUAUGGCUCAGGAAAAAAGAGUCAAGUGUGAAAUGGAUGAAAAGCUGAGCGAAAUGGAGAAAGAAAUCCAGGAGAUGAAGAGAAAACUAAAGGCAGAAGGUGAUGAAGAGGAAGCACAGGCUCCCAGCUGCUUAAGAAUCGUGCUGAUUGGAAAAACUGGAAAUGGAAAGAGUGCAACAGGAAACACCAUCCUGGACAGGCGUGAAUUUGACACUAAAUCCAGUAUGAAUUCUGUGACAAGAGUCUGCCAGAAAGGAGUCGGUGAAGUACUGGGGAGGUCAGUUGCUGUAAUUGACACUCCAGGUCUCUUUGAUGCCACACUGUCAACGGUACAAAUCCAGCAAGAAAUUGUGAAGUGUAUCUCAUUGUCAGCGCCUGGACCCCAUGCUUUCAUUAUAGUACUGAGUGUGGGACGAGUCACCAAGGAAGAUGUGGAAACUUUAGAUCUGAUAAAAAUGAUCUUCGGGCCAAAAGCUGCAAUGUUCAGUAUAGUGCUGUUCACUAGAGGAGAUGACCUGGAAGAUCAGACACUAAAGGAGUAUGUAGAGACCUGUACCAUCGAGCCAGUCAGGAAACUGCUCAGAGACUGUGGAGACAGAUUCAUAGCAUUUAAUAAUAAAGAAGAAAAUGACCGCACCCAAGUUUCUGAGCUUCUCACACUGAUUGACAAGGUGAUAAGUUCAAACCCAUCAAGUAAGUACUUUACAAACAGCAUGUUCGAAGAGGCAGAACUGUCCAUCAAAAAGAAAACUGAGGAAAUCCUCAAAAAGAAAGAGAAAGAGAUUGAAGAUGAAAAGGAGAAACUGAAAAUUAAAUACAACCAGGAAAUGGAAGAGAUAAAGAAAAGACUAGAGGAAGAAAAACAAAAGGCUGAUGAGGAAAAACAGCAACUACAGAGAAAUUUUAGAGACAAGAUGGAAGCUCUCAAAAAAGAGUUUGAGGAAAAAGAUCAAAUGGAGAGAAAGAAACGAGAGAUGGAAGACAAGGCCAGGUCAGACGAAGUAAAUAUGCAAAUGCAGCAAUGGCAAAGCCGAAUAACUGAGUUAGAAAUAGAGAAUAAAAAGCAAAGAGAUGAAUUUGAAAAACAGCUAAGUGAAAGAGAUGAGGAGGAUAAAAAGAGAGAAGAGAAAUACAAACAAGAUAAAGAACAUUUUCAGAUUCAGCAAAAUCAAGCCAUAGAGGAACUAAGAAAAAGUCAAGAUGAAGAAUUUAAACAGAGAGGCUUGGAGGAGGAUAGAAGGAGACAAAAGGAAGAGGACGAGAGAAGUGAUUGGGAGAGGAGAAUAAAAGAGGCAGAACAUGAGAAGACAGAGAUACAAGAGGACCUUAAGCGUAAACUGAUGGAAUGGGAAGAAGAGAAGAAAAGGCAGAUAAAGGAACUACAGGAAGAGGAUCAGCUAAGAAAGCAGAAGCAUGCUGAAGAGCUACGAGCUAAACAAGAAGAACAAGAAAGAAUGAGAGAGACAUUUGAAAGAGACAUGGAAGAAGAAAGACUUCGGGGAGAGGAGGAGAAACGACAGUGGAAGGAAGAAAGUGAGAGAAAAGACAGAGAGUAUGAGGAAAAAAGGCGUACAAUGGAAGCACAGAUGAAAGAACCGUAUGAGCAGAUGGAGAAAAGAAGGAUGGAAGAGCAGGAGAGAAGAAAACAAGAGGACGAAGAGAGAAGAGCUGAAGAAAGAAAACGACUGCAGGAAAGAGAGGAGGACAUCAAAAGACAAUGGCAGGAGGACAUUAAGAAGAGAGAGGAAGAAAUCAUGGCUAGAGAAGAGAAAGAGAAGAAGGAAUGGGAGGAACUGAAAAAGAAGCAUGAUCAAGAAAUGAAGGCCAUGAAAAAUAAAUUUGAAGAUAUGGCCAGGCAGCAGGCUGAGCAGUUCAAUGAGUUCAAUGCAAGUAAAGAAAAACACUUCCAGGAGCUCAUGGAGGAGCAACAGAAACGUUAUGAGCUUUUGGAUAAUCUCUAUAAACUCACAGAGGGUCAAAAAAGCAAGGAAAUUAAGAAACUACGAGCAGAAAUUGAAAGACUACAACAGGAUUCAAGGUGUACUAUUCUUUAAGAGGUCAAAACUUUCAGUCAAAUGUAGUUUAAGUAGUUUUACUGAAUGGUGCUGCCGUCCUCUCGCUCUGUGCCGUUAACAAGCUAAAGAGAUUGUAACCAACACUUGUUGCCAACACUCUGCUGCUUCCCUGGGUUUGUAUUUCUUGAGUGUUACCUGUAAAAAAAGAAAAAGACCCUGCUUUAGCUCAAGUUUGGUUCCACAGAGGUAGGAGUUUUCAGCUAGUGUUAGCUAAAGCCUUUAACAAAUCCCUGUUUGUAUCCUCAGUUUAAGAGACUUUUGUUUCCUAGGUCACUUUUGCAGACACUUUCACAGGAAAAGCCACAUGUAUGUAUGUAGGUACAUAUGUAUGUAUGUGUAUAUGUA